AUGUUGUUUCUAUUCUCUGUUGUUUUUACUUUUCUUGCUCUUUUUCUCAUCCCUGGUCUCUUCAUCUCUCGGCGACUAAGCGUUUCUUUCUCCUUGAAAAAUAUCAUCAGAUUCUUCAAAAUCACAGCUUCUAAAUACGAUGACGAGGAAGAGAGAAACGGCAAACGUGGUGCAAUGGGAGAUAAAGAGAAACGAGCGAUGAAUAGAAUGCCAAAGCAUGUGGCGGUUAUAUUGGACGGAAACAGACGUUGGGCAGAGAAACGAGGACUCAAGACAUCGGAAGGCCACGAGGCCGGAGCGAGAACGCUCAUGGAGAAUGCUAAGGAUUGUUUCGCUAUGGGGACAAAUACUAUCUCACUCUUUGCUUUCUCCACUGAAAAUUGGGAAAGACCCGAGGAUGAAGUUAACUGUUUGAUGGCCUUGUUUGAGAAACACUUUAAGUCUGAAAUGCCUUACUUCCAAAGAGAAAAUAUCAGGAUCUCGGUUAUUGGGAACCGUUCGAAAAUCUCGGAGUCGCUUCUAGGGUUAAUAGAAGAGGUAGAGGAAGCUACAAAGAGCUACGAAGGGAAACAUCUCAUUAUAGCUGUAGACUAUAGUGGAAGAUUUGAUAUCUUACAAGCAUGCAAAAAUCUUGCAAUGAAAGUGAAAGACGGGUUGAUUCAAGUGGAGGACAUCGACGAGAAGGCAAUGGAGAAAGAGUUGAUGACAAAGUGUAGCGAGUUCCCAAACCCUGACUUGCUGAUUAGAACAAGCGGAGAGCAAAGGAUCAGUAACUUCUUCUUAUGGCAAUCAGCGUACACUGAGCUUUACUUUCCUAAUGUUCUGUGGCCUGAUUUUGGUGAAGCUGAGUAUCUUGACGCGUUGACUUGGUAUCAGCAAAGGCAGAGGCGAUUUGGUCGACGAGUUUAAACUUUGCAUUCAUGUCUGGUCUGACUAUAGUCAAUUGUUCAGCUGAUACAAUAGUACGUAAUGAUACGUUGUUGUUUCAUGAGACAUAAAUAUUUGUGUUAGUUUCA